AUGAUACUAAUGUACCAUGACCCUCUUGCCGACUAUAAGUUGCCUUUGAUCUCGGAUAUCCUCCCACUCUUCAUCAAUACUUCUCCGGAGUCUCCGGCACCACCGGCUUGGGCAGUCCAUCUUCACGAAGUGGUGUACUGCUUGAUGUUGUGCCAUCUCAUCUAUUCAAUCACCGGAAACUUUCUCCAGCGCAAAUUUGGCACCGCGGUUUCUCACAAGAAAUCCAGAAAGGAUCCUGCAGUCUCCAGGGGAGUGGUGCCCAUCUCUAGGCUCCAAAUAUCGAACGUCAAGAUUCAAGCAGUAUCAGUUAUCAUGUGCACGAUAUUGAUAGUCAUCGCGUUGCCACUAUAUUAUGAUCCACUUCUCAACCAGGUAAUCUCUCCUAAUCGUCAUAAUCGCUAUCCUACCGAUGGUAGCGAUACCAAUGUUGAUGGGAACAAAUACACCCCUUUCUCCGGGUUUGCCUGUGCUUUGUCCUUGGGGUACCAUAUGUAUUUGAUGAUUUGUAUCCAUUGCCAGCUUUCAUUCUUACAUAGCUUCUUCUUUGUCUAUCAGUUGGCCUAUGUUGCUGGUCAUGUUGCUUUGAUGAACCCUUUUGGUCACCAGUACUUGUGGAGGAUCCUCUUCAUGGACUUCACCUCGGUGUUCCUCCAUAUUCGAUGGUUUGCAUUGAUCUUCCCUGAUGCUUUGCCUCGUGCAAUGAGGGUCAUCAAUGACGGUUUUGUAGUGGUAACUUUGGUGUGCUGCAAACUUAUGGGCCAUUUGUGGCUUGUCAUCAACGUUAUCCAAGAUAUGUCAGACCUCCACCUUUACCAAUGGCCCCCAAUACUCUUACUGAUAUCCAUGACGGUUUGCGCGUUCUUGGAUUUAUACUGGCUCGGAAUAUUAGUACGAGUCAUGAGCUUUGAAUAUUGUCCCAUAAUGUGCCUGUUCUUCAGUGAUGAGAAGACCUCUGCCGAUGCCAACUGUAUCACCAUCAAUGUUGUCGAUACUAGCAUCACCACUGCCACCAAUCCAAGCAGAAUCAGCCCUUGCACCACCCAAUAUUUCUCGAACUUGCAACCUGAUAGCGUAUUUAGCAGUAGCUUGUAUGCCGAUGACAAUCCUAGUGAUGCCGAAAGUUAUAAUGGAUCCAUUAGUGAUGGCCAAUAA